GCUAGCUUAGAAAUCAAGGAUGAAGCUCCUUUUUGUAGCUGCCUUUGCACUCUUUGUGCUCUCCACAUUUGACAAGGCUGACUCUUCAGCUUAUGACAAAAUAGUUGCCCACAGUCGCAUCAGGGCAAGAAAAGAAGGACCCAAUGUCUGCGCGCUCCAGCAAGUCAUGGGGACCAAGAAGAAGUACUUUAGCACUUGUCGUAAUUGGUACCAAGGGGCCAUCUGUGGAAAGAAAGCGACUGUGCUCUAUGAAUGCUGUCCAGGGUACAUGAAGAUGGAGGGCAUGCGUGGUUGCCCUGCAGUGGCUCCAAUUGACCAUGUGUAUGGCACCUUGGGUCUGGUGAAGGCCACCUCAACCCAAAGAUACGCUGACAUUUCUAAGCUAAGGCCUGAGAUCGAGGGAUCUGGAUCCUUUACCUUCUUUGCCCCCAGCAAUGAGGCCUGGGAGCUUUUGGAUGAGACAGUCAGGAGUGCACUCGUCAGCAAUGUGAACAUUGAACUGUACAACGCUCUGCACUAUCACAUGGCCAACAAACGCCUCUUAACGAAAGAUUUAAGGAAUGGAAUGACGGUCACCUCCAUGUACAAUGACCUUGGUCUCCAUAUUAACCAUUACUCCAAUGGGGUGGUGACGGUGAACUGCGCCAGGAUUAUCUAUGGUAACCAGGUUGCCACCAAUGGAGUUGUUCAUGUCAUUGACCGUGUUAUCAGCGCUGUUGGACGCACAAUGCAGGAUGUCAUCGAGGUUGAUGAUGACCUGACAACUCUGAGUGAUGUGGCUCAAAGUGCUGGACUGUUGGACAAGCUGGGUCAGCCAGGACAUUACACUCUCUUUGCCCCCACCAACGAAGCCUUUGAGAGUCUGGGCAGUGAAGUGUUGGAGAGACUUCAGAGUGACAAGGAGGUCCUUAAAGCCCUUCUUAAUUUCCACCUUCUGGACUCAGUCCAGUGCUCUGAGGCCAUCAUGGCUGGCAGCUCUUAUGAGACUUUGGAGGGCAACAACAUUGAGAUCGGCUGUGAUGGCGAAAGUUUAACCGUCAACGGCGUCAAGAUGGUGCGCAAGAAGGACAUUGUCACUACCAAUGGUGUCAUCCACCUCAUUGACCAAGUGCUCAUGCCAGACUCAGCUAAGCGGGUGAUGGAACUGUUGGGAAGUUCCCAGUCAACCUUUGGUGACAUGGUGUCCGAGUUGGGACUCUCUGCUGCCAUGAGACCAGAGGCUGAGUAUACUUUGCUGGCUCCCCUCAACAUUGCCUUCAAUGAUGAAGUGAUGUCCAUGGAUCAGAGGUUGCUCAGGAUUAUCCUGGAGAGCCACAUUUUGAAGACUAAGCUUGUCCUGGGACAGCUGUAUAAUGGCCAGAGGCUGGAGACCAUUGGAGGAAAACUUCUGAGGGUCUUCAUCUAUCGCACAGCUGUGUGCAUUGAGAAUUCCUGUCUGAUAAGAGGCAGUAAGGAAGGAAGCAAUGGGGCCCUUCAUCUUAUGAGGACUCUGUUGAAACCGGCAGACAAAACUAUGUUUGAGAUUCUGACAGAAAAUGGAGGGUUCAAGAUCUUUUUGUCUCUGAUGGAAGCUGCUGACUUGACUGACCUACUGAAACAGGAGGGAGACUUCACUCUGUUUGCCCCAAGUGAUAAGGCUUUCACAGGGUUGAGCAACAGUGAUCUGGCCUUGUUGAAGAGUGACAUAAAUGCUCUCAGAACAAUCCUUCUGUAUCACUUUAAUAAUGGUAUCGUAAUUGGUGGUGGCUUGGAGACUGGGGUGACAAACCUGCUCAAGUCUCUCCAGGGCAGCAACCUCAAAGUGGUGUUUGCAAACAACACUAUGCAAGUGAAUUCUGUCCAAGUCCCUAAAUCUGAUAUGAUGGCCACAAAUGGAGUCCUUCACUUUGUCAACCAAGUCUUGUAUCCUGGAGAUAUCCCGGUUGGAAGCCAGGAUCUCCUCAUGCUAUUGAAGAGGAUCAUCACUUACAUGCAAAUUAAGUAUAUUUCAGGAUUCAGAUAUCAGGAAAUUCCCCUUACAUUUAUGAAGAGGAUCAUCACUCGUGUCGUCCAGGAAGUUCCUGAUGUGACCAAAGUGACAAGGGUUAUCCAGAGGGAACCCACCAUCACCAAAGUUACCAGAGUCAUUGAAGGUCAACCCUCUAUCACCAAGGUUACCAGGGUCAUUGAAGGUCAACCCUCUGUUACUAAAGUCACCAGGGUUGUCACAGGUCCUCAGUACUCAGUCAGCACUGGCACCAGCGACAUGAACCUGGAAGGUGUUGAGCUUUCAGAAAUUUCCAACUCUAAUUUUGACCCUGAACGACUUACCAAAUUUAUCCAAGGAGGUAGUUCAAGAAGAACUGCUUCCCGAAGAGUUACGGCUGGAAACAGGAGGAGGGGAAGAGACUGAGCAUGGACGGAUGAGAAUAUCGACGUUGUAAAGGCAAACAGAGUGACGGCAAACCCACAGGUUGAAACUGGUGUUUAAUACAGGGGAUACACUUAAAAUGUCAGUGAUUUCAAAUAUACUGUAAUAGGUGUAACUGACAAAAACAAAGCUAUUCUCAUAAACAAUUUAAUGGUGCUUUGAAUGUAUAUCAGUUAUGAGUGUGCAAUGUCUGAAAAGAGUCUUUUAAUGCAACAAAUGUAAGUAAGCCAUGUUCAAAUGAACAUUUUGGCAUGACUUUAAAGACAUGGAACAUUUCAGGGUAGCAAUAAAGUCUUUUAAAUCCAAGCCAUUAGUGCAGUAAUAAAACACUUUAAUUCUAAACUUUUCUAUGCCUUCACUCGAGGUGAAGGUUAAAGUAAGGAGAUUUUACUAGAUGUUUGGGAAGAUUUAUAUUAUCUUAGCAUGAUAAAGAUUGAAAAAGAAAAUGAUGUGUCUUCAGACUUAAACUUUCACAUACUUCUAAUUUCUCUGGCUGUAAGUUGUUCAAGAUUUCGUGUAAAUGUUGUCUGUGCUUGUAUCAUUUUGGAACAAUGUAUCCCACUGCAGGUUUUUUCUUUCCAUUUUCAAACAUCUGUCAAUAAAGUGCAUUCUUUGAUAUAAAUAUGCCAAUUUGAUGAGGGCAUCUGAGGAGACUGUUUAAUUUCUAAUGUACUUGUACUCUAAUGUAAGGCUCUUAGGCAGUCAACAUCAGAGAAGAGAGUCUAAAAUAUCACAUGUCACAUCUGAAUAUUAUGUCUGCAUUUUGUAUUUCCAAGUACAGUCUUCAGAUUUCACUAAGUUAUCCUUUUCAAUGACCCAGUCAUUUUUCUGUAUGUUUAAAGGGAGCAUGGCAGUCUACUUUUAGAAGCUUCCAAGACAUUAUGUAAAAUAUAAAAUAA